AACCCCGAACCCCCCAGGGGCCCCCAACGAAUUCCAUUCUCUCGUCGUCGUCCCUUCCUUCCCCUCCCCCACCUCCACGGCUCCACCCUCUCCACCGCAGCGCGAGCUCACCGAUCGGGGCCGGUCCCCUUCGCCGCACCGUACGCGGCCGGACGGCCGGAGAUCCGGUACCUGCGCCCCUUCUCCCUCACCCCUAUCUCAAGCGACGUGUGCGGCCUUCGUGACGCUGACCUCUUGGAUCCGGCGGAGGUAGGGGAACCCGUGAGCGAUCGGGAGCGAUGCGGCAGCAGCGGGGCGGGGUCGGGGGCGGACUCGGGGGCGGGAGGACGGGGGACGACCCGGGGCUCCUGACGAGGGCUGUGGACAAGGUGUUCCGCUUCGUCCGCCUCGCCGAGUUCGAGAUCCUCUUCGUCCUCUUCUUCCUCGUCGCCUUCCUCCUCUUCAAGGACCUCAUGUCGCGACCUGAAUACAAUCAGAUAUUUGUCAAGAAGCCUGAUCUGGAUGACCCCUGGCCUUAGAGGGUACAGAACGUAUAAUGUUCAUAGUUGUAGCUUGGUCUUUUGUCAGGAACCUUUUUUUUUACUAUGACUAAAUAGACUAUUCUCUUCAGUGACGAUUAAUAUAUUUUGCAAGCUAUUUUCUUUACAUCAAGAGCAAAUUUUCAUGUAAAUAUUGCUGUGCAGCCAUACUCAGGUUGUUGGUAGCAUUUACACUCUGUUUAUGUUGUGUGAGGAACCAUGAGUCCUAGGUGAAAUUGAUCUGAUAAGUCCAUUGCUUUCGGGUGGUCAGUUCUAAGUUGCACAA